AUGUCUCUUAUAAUAAUUAAGUAUAUAUCUGCAGAUAGCAAGGCAAUUCCUCCGGUAGUAAUUAUCCCUGGAAUUAUAAUUAUGGUUUCUUGGUUCCAUGAAAAUAUGACCGGUCAUGAGGUUAUUACAGUCUCUCCUAUAGGAUAUACGAACGAGGGCAUUUAUAUGGUUUGGUUAGACCAUUUUAUCAAGCAUAAUAACUGCGGUCCUAAUAAGGAAUGGCAUAUUCUCUUAAUUAACGGAGCAACUUGCUACCAAGCGGACGAUUUUAUCCUAAAAGCUACGUUUAAUAAGAUACGAAUCGUCCAAUUCCCCUCUCAUUAA